AUGGGCUGCGCCCCGAGCAUCCACAUUUCCGAAAGCCGGGGGGUGUACCCCGGCGGCAAGGAGGCCGAGGACGUGCCGGGCCCCGCGGCGCCGCCGCUCGCGCCCGGCGGGCCGAGCCUCCCACCCGGCCAGAAGACGGCCGCCUCGACCCGGGCCCCCGGCUCCAGCCUUGCAGAGUCCGAGCCUCGUGGAGGCAGCGGCAGCAAGGUAGCAGUAGCUGAUGUGCAAUUUGGCCCCAUGAGAUUUCAUCCAGAUCAACUCCAGGUACUUUUAGUGUUUACCAAAGAAGAUAACCAGUGUAAUGGAUUCUGCAGGGCGUGUGAAAAAGCAGGGUUUAUGUGUACAGUUACCAAGGAGGCUCAGACUGCCCUCGCCUGUUUCCUGGACAAACACCAUGACAUCAUCAUCAUAGACCACAGAAAUUCCCGACAUCUGGAUGCUGAGGCACUGUGCAGGUCUAUCAGAUCAUCAAAACUCUCAGAAAACACAGUUAUUAUUGGUGUAGUACGCAGGGUAGAUAGAGAAGAGUCAUGUGUAAUGUCCCUCAUUGCUGCUGGCUUCACAAGGAGGUAUAUAGAAAACCCCAGCCCCAUGGCCUGUUACAAUGAACUGCUCCAGCUGGAGUUUGGAGAGGUGCGCUCACAGCUGAAACUCAGGGCUUGUAACUCAAUGUUCGCUGCAUUAGAGAAAAGUCAAGAAGCAAUUGAAAUUACAAGUGAAGACCACAUUAUCCAGUAUGCAAAUCCAGCGUUCGAAACAACAAUGGGCUAUCAGUCAGGAGAGUUAAUAGGGAAGGAGAUAGCAGAAGUGCCUAUAAAUGAAAAAAAGGCUGAUUUGCUCGAUACUAUAAAUUCAUGCAAGGUGAGUAAGAGAGAAUGGCAAGGAAUUUACUCUGUCAGGAAGAAAAAUGGAGAUAAUGUACAACAAAAUGUGAAGAUAAUACCUGUCAUUGGACAGGGAGGAAAAAUUAGACACUAUGUGUCCAUUAUCAGAGUGUGCAAUGGCAACAAUAAGGCGGAGAAAAUAGCUGAAAGUGUUCAGACUGACAGUUACACAGAUAAUCAGUCAGGCAAACAUAAAGACAGGAGAAAAAGCUCCCUAGAUGUCAAAACUGUUGCCUCUCGAACAAAUGAAGUUUCCAGCCAGAGACGACACUCUUCCAUGGCCCGGAUUCAUUCCAUGACGAUCGAAGCGCCCAUCACCAAGGUCAUCAAUAUCAUCAAUGCUGCCCAGGAAAGCAGUCCCAUGCCUGUGACAGAAGCCUUAGACCGUGUGCUGGAAAUUCUAAGAACCACUGAAUUAUAUUCACCCCAGUUCGGUGCUAAGGAUGAUGAUCCUCACGCCAACGACCUCGUCGGGGGCCUGGUGUCUGAUGGUUUGCGAAGAUUAUCUGGAAAUGAAUAUGUUCUUUCAACAAAAAACCUCCAGCAGGCUCCCAGCAGCAGCAUCGUCCCCGUCUCCCUUCACGAUGUCCCAUCACAGAUAACUCGGGCCAUGGAGAAGGAGGAAUACUGGGACUUCAAUAUUUUUGAACUGGAGGCUGCCACUCAUAAAAGGCCUUUGAUUUAUCUUGGUCUCAAAGUGUUCGCUCGCUUCGGAGUCUGUGAAUUCUUAAAAUGCCCCGAAACGACACUGAGAUCCUGGUUACAGAUGAUCGAAGCCAAUUAUCACGCUUCCAACCCCUACCACAACUCCACACACUCUGCUGAUGUGCUGCAUGCCACUGCCUACUUUCUGUGCAAAGAAAGGAUCAAGCAAACUUUAGACCCACUUGAUGAGGUCGCUGCGCUCAUCGCAGCCACUAUCCACGAUGUGGACCACCCUGGGAGGACCAACUCCUUCCUGUGCAAUGCCGGGAGCGAGCUGGCCAUUCUGUACAACGACAUGGCUGUGCUGGAGCACCACCAUGCGGCCUUGGCCUUCCAGCUGACCACUGGCGAUGACAAGUGCAACAUCUUUAAAAACAUGGAGAGGAAUGACUACCAGACUCUGCGCCAGGGUAUCAUCGACAUGGUCUUAGCCACAGAAAUGACAAAACACUUUGAGCAUGUCAACAAAUUUGUCAACAUCAUCAACAAGCCCUUGGUAGCAUUAGAAGAAGAUGGGGAAACUGAUAAAGAUCAAGAAGCCAUAAACACCAUGCUCAGGACUCCAGAGAACCGGACGCUGAUCAAACGGAUGCUGAUCAAGUGUGCUGACGUGUCCAACCCCUGCCGGCCCCUGGAGCAGUGCAUCGAGUGGGCCGCACGCAUCUCAGAAGAGUAUUUCUCUCAGACAGACGAAGAGAAGCAACGGGACUUGCCUGUGGUGAUGCCAGUUUUUGACAGAAAUACCUGCAGCAUCCCCAAAUCCCAGAUCUCCUUCAUCGACUACUUCAUCACAGACAUGUUUGACGCCUGGGACGCCUUUGUAGACCUGCCCGAGUUAAUGCACCAUCUCGACAACAACUUUAAAUACUGGAAAGGACUGGACGACAUGAAGCUGCGGAGCCUGCGCCCGCCCCCCGAAUAG